AUGAAUUUAUUCGAAGUCAGACUACAGCUAGUCUCGAUCCUAGGGAAACUAAGCUCAUCUCAAGACUCAAUCCAAUCGACCAUCUGGUUCUCGCUCACACAGAAAGAUAAAUACGGCGAAGAUUUAUGGGAUUGUUUGAUGGAAGAAGCUGAGAAGGAGUGCAUGAUAUUACUUGACUCAAUCGAUGGGCUCCUCUUGAGAUUGUCGACCGCGCUAUUAAAGAGCCACCAAGACUACCAAUACCACAAGCGCGAACAAAAUAGGCGGAUGUUUUGGGGACGGAUGGGCGUGUCAAUCAGCCAAAGUCUUGUACCUCCUUCAGCAGCAGGCUUGAAUUUAUAUGGACACCUGAUCAAGAAAGAUAUCAUCAAAUUCGUCGAGACCGUCGUGCCCACUACCUUCAAUAAAAAGGGCCUCCUCAAUCUUACGAGUACUCUCCAAGUAAUCAAGAAUUGGAAACCUCAGGUCUCGCUAAUCGAGCAGUUCUUGAAACUCGUCCUACUUGAACAAACCGAUCUCCUCUUGAACGAUCGUUAA